CUGGAAUGCCUAAUGAUCGUACUUCACCUGAUACCGCUUGUGGAAGUAGUACUGAUUGCCUACCAGUUCUACACGUUCCAUUACUCCAAAUGAUCCGCACAAUUCGUGAUAGACUCCGAGAUGAACAGGUCAACCUCCGUGAAAUUCGGCUCAACGGCGGAGCAGCCGGCUGUGUAAUUGAUUCCGCGGGCGAGAAGUACAGUGAUCUGGAUCUAAUUUUUCACGUAGAUCUUUCCAAUCCGGCUACCUUCGUAAAAGUAAAAUCUGUCGUCUUUUCUACUGUCGCACAUUUUCUAGCCGAGGCUUUUGCUUCCAGUUUCACGGAGUGCAACUGCGGUUCACUAGUGUUUUAUAAGCGAUUGUUUACCCCAACGUGCAUUCCUAUUGGCUUACAACACAACAGUACCCGGGUUUCCUCCACACCUGAACCCGAUUUGGGACGUGCAGCGGAUCCUUGUGAAAGCCAAACUUCCAAAGGCAAUGUAUCAGCCAAGUCCCGGCAUAACUGUCUUUCAUCAAAUCGGAACUCAAAUACAGGUCUUCGAUUCCAAUCCCAACCAAACCCGGACUGCGCUUAUCGGCAUUCCACCUGUUGUUUUCCCUGGUAUACCGCGCUGCAGGAUGAAUCCUGGCUGGUUAAAUUCUAUGUCCAAAAGAUGCUGCGUAUCCACAAGCCUAGUUUGAAAACUGCUGAUUCUUGGUCGCUCUUCACUUUAGGCUACCGAACAUCGAGUGGGGCUAAAACAUUAGAUAUCAAAUUUGUAGAUCGAAUGCAGCGUCAGUUUGAGUUCACAGUGGAUAGCUUUCAAAUUGUUCUAGACAGCUUGUUAACCUUCUACGAGACAUCACGACACGAAAUGAAUGAGAACUUUUAUCCCACAGUUGUGGCCGAGUCCGUUUCGGGCAGUUUCACAGAAGCAUUGAGCCACCUGCAGGAACGCCUGAUUGUGACUCCAAGACCAGAGGAAAUCCGUGGUGGCGGACUACUCAAAUACUGUAAAUUACUUGCUGACGGAUAUCGACCCACAAAGGGCACCGAUGUGCUGUCCAUGGAACGAUAUAUGUGUUCUCGUUUCUUCAUUGAUUUUCCCGAUAUUGUCAGUCAGCACCAUCGCUUAAACUACUAUCUUACUAACCAUUUUGAGGAUGACAAUGAACUGAAGGCUGCUUACCUACAAGAUACAAUUACUGGCUUCCCAUUCACCGAUUCCAUCAAGGUUUGA